CCCUUUAUUCUUGUUUUGUUACUUCAAAAAGAACUCAGACGAAUCCAUUGUUAAAAACUAUUGUCUUUCUCCAAAAAAAAUGGAAUCUUUCUCCAUAAAGUAGACUAAAAACUAAUACCCCAUUUGCCUAAUUUUGUAAGUACAAAUGCUUUAAAAAAGCAUCAAUUUCUUCAUCCAAUCAUUCCCCAAAGUGAAUUCUUCAUAUUUCCUGCAAUUUUAGUGUACAAAAGGUUUAGUUUUUUCUUCUGCGUUCUUUUUCUUCUUUUUAUUUUUGUGUUGAAAUUUUGGUUCUAUCUUGGAUUAUUUUUACUCAGUGAACUUGUUGAAUCUUAAGAGAAGUGCAUAUUUUGAGUUUAUGUAACAGUAAAUUGACGGCUUUUUAGGAUACUCAGGAAAGUGCAUCGAUUUUCGAUUCGAUUUAAUUAGGAAAAGAAGUUUUCAAUUCAAUCUAGCUCAUGAUUCUUAUUUUUAUUUUUUGGGUUUUUGAGUUGUAGAAACAUGGUUGUUGCUGAAUCUCAAGAGAAAAGCAAAUUUUAAAGUUUCUAUAAUAGUAAAUUGACAAAUUUUAGGCUUUUUCGGGAAUGGGGUUGAUUUUGAUUCGAUUCAAGUAGUAAAAGAAGCUAUCUUCACCUUUUGAAUUGGCUGAAGAUCUGGUUUUUGUCAAUGGCUCUUGAUUUUUUAUGCUUUUUGGGUUUAUUGCCUGUUGAAUCUUGAUAGAGAAAACUAUGUCGAAAAGUGAUCCGAACAAAUCGAAUCUGAAUUGGAUUUGGUUCGUAAAAGAAGCAUUUUCACCUAUUGAAUUAGGUAUUAAGAAGGCUGCGAAAGAUCUUGAAAGUUGUUGGGGAGUUUCUAAUGGUAAAAGAAAAAAAAUCGAAUUGAUUGCCCCAUUGAACGGUAGUGAUAGUGAUUGGAAUGGUACGGUUCAAAUCUUCGGUGUGAAGAACAGGAUCGGUGUUAACAAUCGGUCGAGUCGUGUUGGUAGUGAAGAGAGAAUGAAAGGGUUGUCUAUAAAGGUUCCGAUGGAUGUUUUUAUCGGCAUGUUUUUGCCGGAAAAUGAGCUGAAUGAUAAAAAGGUCAAGGCAGUUAGAAAAGGAUUGAAAGGAAAAGAUGUUGAUACGGUUGAAGGGACUUGUAUGAAUCCGUUGCUGUUUGCAGCAAAUUGGUCAGUGUUUGUUAACAGAUUUGUCCAGGCUAUACCGAGCUCGUUUGAAUCCGGGAAGGAAUGGAUUCGGAAAAUGGACGAAAAUAAAGGGCGUCUAAGCUCAUGUAUUCAUGACAUGGAAUCAAAGGCACCAUUUGAGUUUAAGCCUAGAGAGUCAAGGGCUCAGGUUUUCACAAGGAAUGAGGGUUUGGAACAUAAUCAUGGUCAGAAAGAUGUAUCAUUUGAAUGCUUUAUAGGGUUUGCAUUUGAUCAGUUGACCCAAAAUCUUCAAAAGCUUGAUUAUUUAAAAGCUGUUGCAAGUAUUUUGGAUGGUCGAAAAGUCGAUGUAAAUGGAUUUUUAGGAAAUUUAAAGUUUGCUAGGGUGGGAGGUGUUCCAUCUGGUAUUGCCGGUGUUGCUUCUUCUGUGAAUGCGGAGGGUGAGGAUGGUGUUAGUAUAGGCAGUAGUGAAGAAACUGGUGGUAAUUCGUCACAAAAACUGGCCGAUCAGAUGCUUAGUGUUCCUCUAUCGAAUGUGGAGCGUUUGAGAACGACUUUACCGGCAGUCACACUUACGGAAUUGACUGAGCUACUACCACCAUUGAGCCAAUCUUCGCUAGACCAUCCGGACAAGAAGAAGUUAUUUUCUGUCCAGGAGUUCUUCAGAUAUACCGAGUUUGAAGGGAGGAGGUUCUUUGAAGAACUGGAUAGAGAUGGUGAUGGCCAAGUAACAUUAGAAGAUCUCGAAGUUGCUAUGAGAAAAAGAAAAUUACCACUGACGUAUUCUCGGGAAUUCAUGCGCCGGGCUAGAAGAAAUCCAUUUUCGAAAUCCUUUGGCUGGAAGCAGUUUUUGUCCUUGAUGGAACGGAAAGAGCCAACCAUUCUUCGAGCUUAUACUUCUCUUUGUUUAAGUGAGUCCGGGACUCUCCACAAGAGUGAAAUAUUGGUAUCACUUAAAAAUGCCGGACUUCCAGCAAACGAACACAAUGCUGUUGCUAUGAUGCAAUGUUUGAACAUGGACACUGAAGAAUCUGUUUCCUAUGGACACUUCCGCAAUUUUAUGCUUCUGUUGCCUUCUGACCGACUACUUCAAGAUGAUCCUCGGAAUAUCUGGUUCAAAGCUGCAACUGCCGUUGCUGUUGCACCAGCUGCAGAAAUACAGCGUGAAAGUGUUCUUAAAUCUGCUUUUGCUGGGGGUCUGUCAUGUGCAUUCUCCUCGGCCGUAAUGCAUCCUGUUGAUACUGUAAAGACUCAGGUGCAAGCAUCAACCACCCUGACAUUCCCAGAAAUUAUGUCAAAGAUUCCGCAAAUCGGAUUACGAGGGUUAUAUAAGGGUUCCAUCCCUGCAAUUCUUGGACAGUUUUCAAGCCAUGGAUUGCGGACAGGUAUAUGUGAAGUAAGCAAGCUUGUAUUGAUCAAUGUUGCUCCGAACCUCCCUGACAUCCAGGUUGAAUCCAUGGCAUCAUUCUUCAGUACGGUUCUAGGAACAGUGGCUCGUUUACCUUGUGAGGUACUGAAGCAGCGUUUGCAGGCUGGCCUUUAUGACAAUGUCGGAGAAGCUCUUAUCGGUACUUGGCAGCAGGAUGGUCUGAAGGGCUUUUUCCGUGGGACCGGGGCCACACUUUGUCGUGAGUUGCCAUUCUAUGUUGCAGGGAUGGGCCUAUACACUGAAUCCAAAAAGUUUGUCCAACGACUUAUAAGACGGGAACUGGAACCAUGGGAAACAGUUGUUGUCGGAGCUAUAUCCGGAGGGUUAGCUUCUGUUACUACUACACCAUUCGAUGUCAUUAAAACUAGAAUGGUGACUACAUCCGGGGCUCGAAACGUAUCGAUGUCAGCAGUAGCCUUUUCUAUACUCCGUCACGAGGGACCCCUCGCCCUGUUCAAAGGAGCCAUACCGAGGUUUUUCUGGAUUGCUCCCUUAGGUGCCAUGAACUUUGCCGGCUACGAGUUGUUGAGGAAGGCCAUGGAUGGAAACAAAGAUGUUGCUAGGGAUCAAGUCUCCGAAGAGAAAUCGGUUAGUUCCAGGUAAAUACAAGCUCUAAAAUAUGAACCAUAACCUUCAAAUGGCCUCUGGAUUUUGUUAGUGGUCAAAAACAAUUGAAUGCUGCUAGAAAUUUUGAGCUUUUCACCACCAAAAUUACAGCAAGUUGUUCAAUUUUAAUUUGUCGACAUAUUUUUUUGCUAAAAAUUGUAAUUUCUCUUGAAGUUUCAACACAUUUUUGUAACGUUUAAUCCGUUCUUUUAAUCUUGAAUUAGAUGUUGAUCAGUUGUUCUUGGGUUAAA